AUGCGCUCCUCGCGGUUGCUCCUGACACUGCCGCUCCUUGCUCUUGCACAGGGCCCGGCAAGUGAGGCCAAUGAAGAUCCCUAUGUACCUCACAACGUGUCUUGCCCCAAAGACAUUGCAGUUCGCAAAGCUGGCAACCUCUCCUCCGAGGAGUCCAAGUGGCGCGAUGGUCGUCUCGAGGAGGUCUACAAGCAUCUCGACGCAUACCUCAAGAACGCCGCCAUCCCCAACUUCAACUACACUAACUUCACCAGCAAGUUGAAGGCCUCCGAUGCGCCGGUCAUCGGCAUGGCGAUCUCCGGCGGCGGCAGCCAGUCUGGCCUCGGCGGCAUGGGUAUCUACCAGGCGUACGACUCACGCUACGCCCCAGCCGUCGAAGCGGGAACCGGAGGUCUGACACAGCUUCUGACAUACUUCACUGGCCUGAGCGGCGGCGGGCUUUACACUGUCAACACCAUCGCCUCCACCAACUUCACAACCGUCGAGAACAUGACCAAGAUCAUCAACUAUACCGUCAACUACGAAGUCGGCCCCACCGGCAACGUGACGGAGUACUACACCGCUCUCUUCGAGAACGCCGGCGCCAAAGCCGAGCUCGGCUAUCCUGUGUCCACGACCGACAUCUUCGGCCAGUGGUUCGCACAGUUCAGGCCUAAGAGCUGGACAUAUGCCAACUAUUCAACCAUAGCAGACAGUGGCUCCGACUUCAGCCUCGGCCUCGCACCCAUGCCGCUAAUGACCUACGCCGAAGUCAUCGACGGCGUCUCCCCUAAAAUCGGCGGCAUCAUGUACCCCGGCCCCAACAGCACCAACGGUUUCAAUCUCACCAGCUACGAAAUCAGUCCCUUCGAGUUCGGCAGCUGGGCCGGCGGCCGCGUUCAGGGUUUCUGGCCAACAAAGUACCUCGGCACCAACGUCACCGCCGGCAAGCCCUACGACAGCAAACAAUGCAUCGUCGGUUACGACAAGAUGUCCUUUGUCGUCGGCUCGACCGGCUGGGCAUUCAACUUCUACCUCAUCGACGACUGGCUCCAACCAGUCGACAACGGCAACAUCACCCUCCCCACCGACGCUGGCGACAACCCCUACUACGACCUCCUCAACUCCACCGCCUCCGAGUUCGGCAUAUCCCUCAACGAUGCACUCUGGGCACAAUGGCCGAACCCGUUCAACAACUACAAUACUCAGAUGCAGAACACAACCAAUCUCCUCCUAGUCGACGGCUCCGAAACAGGCGAAACCAUCCCCCUCCGCCCCCUAAUGCAGCCCGCGCGCAAACUCGACUUCAUCAUAGCCUACGACGCCUCCUCCGACGCUGUCCCUUACAACUGGGUCAACGGCACGAACCUGUACAACUCAUACCUCUCCGCUAACGAAUCCGGCGGGAAGCUUAACUUCCCCGUCAUCCCAGACUCGACGACAAUGGUCAACGAGAACAUCACCACAUUCCCCACCUUCUUCGGCUGUAACGCGACGGCGGACGAGGCGACGCCAAUCUACACCAACUUCUCGUACGGCAAAGCCGCGUUUUCGGACCUGCAGGUGAAUUUGACCUUGCAAAACGCAUUUGAUGUUGCGACGUACGGGAACAAGCAACUUCCGAACGAUCAAGGAUCGGACUGGGCGAGCUGUGUGGCGUGCGCGGCGAUCAAGAAGAGUUUGGCGAGAGCAAAGAUCGAGGAACCAGAGGCGUGUGGGCAGUGUUGGGAGAAGUACUGCUGGAGUGACGGGCCUGCGAAUGCUGAGGCCGGGCUGGUCGCUCCAGCGGCGGUGGGUGCGGGGCCAAGAUUGCUGUUGAAUGAGAGCCUGAGUUUCCAGACGUGGAACACGAGUAUUUGGUUGAGUGAGGGUGAUGGCGCGCCGGGAUCUAGUGGUUGA